CUCCAUUAUUAUAAAAAGGCGCCAUCCGCCAACGUUUCCCAUUCGGUUACUUACAUCGACUCGUUAUUGUCGAGCGAAGUAACAGUCACGUUCUUUGUAAGGUCAUUCUUAUCGUUAUCUGACUUGAAUAAAAAAUGCGUGAGUGCAUCAGUAUCCACGUUGGCCAGGCUGGAGUCCAGAUCGGAAAUGCCUGCUGGGAGCUCUACUGCUUGGAACAUGGCAUCCAGCCUGAUGGGCAGAUGCCCAGUGACAAGACCAUCGGAGGUGGAGAUGAUUCCUUCAACACCUUCUUCAGUGAAACAGGAGCAGGCAAACAUGUUCCACGAGCUGUGUUUGUGGACUUGGAGCCAACUGUAAUAGAUGAGGUACGUACUGGUACUUACCGCCAACUGUUCCACCCUGAGCAGCUGAUCACUGGGAAGGAAGAUGCAGCUAAUAACUAUGCCCGUGGUCACUACACAAUUGGCAAGGAGAUCAUUGACUUGGUUCUGGACCGAAUCCGUAAACUGGCUGACCAAUGUACAGGUCUCCAAGGUUUCCUGGUCUUCCACAGCUUUGGCGGUGGCACUGGCUCUGGCUUUACAUCUCUGCUGAUGGAACGUCUCUCUGUUGACUAUGGCAAGAAAUCCAAGCUUGAGUUCUCCAUCUACCCAGCUCCCCAGGUGUCUACUGCAGUGGUAGAGCCUUACAAUUCCAUCCUGACCACCCACACUACCCUGGAACACUCUGAUUGCGCUUUCAUGGUCGACAACGAAGCCAUCUAUGACAUCUGCCGAAGAAACCUAGACAUUGAGAGGCCAACUUACACCAACCUGAACCGCCUCAUCAGCCAGAUAGUGUCUUCUAUCACUGCCUCCCUUCGCUUUGAUGGCGCCCUGAAUGUUGAUCUGACUGAGUUCCAGACCAACUUGGUGCCCUAUCCCCGCAUCCACUUCCCCUUGGCCACCUAUGCACCAGUUAUCUCUGCUGAGAAGGCAUAUCAUGAGCAGCUUUCUGUGUCUGAGAUAACUAAUGCUUGUUUUGAGCCAGCCAACCAGAUGGUCAAAUGUGACCCUCGCCAUGGCAAGUACAUGGCCUGCUGCCUCCUCUACCGUGGCGAUGUAGUGCCAAAAGAUGUCAAUGCAGCAAUUGCUACUAUUAAAACCAAGCGUAGCAUCCAGUUUGUGGAUUGGUGUCCUACUGGUUUCAAGGUUGGUAUCAACUACCAGCCUCCUACUGUGGUUCCUGGAGGUGACUUGGCCAAGGUUCAGCGGGCUGUGUGUAUGCUGAGCAACACCACAGCCAUUGCUGAAGCUUGGGCUCGCCUGGACCACAAGUUUGACCUGAUGUAUGCCAAGCGUGCCUUUGUUCACUGGUAUGUUGGUGAAGGUAUGGAGGAAGGAGAGUUCUCGGAAGCCCGUGAGGAUAUGGCUGCUUUAGAGAAGGAUUAUGAAGAAGUUGGUGUUGACUCUAUUGAAGGGGAAGGAGAGGAGGAAGGGGAAGAAUAUUAAGUUUUUGACAUUACAGAACACUGCUGCUGUAACAGGGAGCCAAGAUAGAAGUUAAAUGUUGAAGAUUGACCAAAUGGAAUUGGGUCUCAAUUUUCUAUCAUCCAUUGAGCAUUGCUGCAUGGUUCUGUCGAUUUUUGUAUCUAAGUAAAUGCGCUGUUUUUUCUUUGACUGCUCAGUGUUCAGUCUCUGCUAGAUUUUACUUGAAACCCUCUUGAAUUAACUUGAUGGCAUCAGUUCAGUGACCAGCUAACGUUUUUGUUAGUUUAAGUUGCAAUGUGAGCUAAAUGUAAUGAGAUCUACAAAUUGAAUGUGUAGCAAUGUACAUCUGAAUUGAGAUUGCUAUGCAGCAUUGUGAAAGCAAGUUGUCACAAAUGUAACUCAUGUUCUGUCUUGAUAGUAUUAUCAAUAAAUAAGAUCCCUGUGUCA